AGCAUGGAGCUCUAACCGCCUGGCCACCGGGCCAGCCCCGUGUUUGAUUAUUUAUCAUAUUUUGCAGUUGAGGAAUCUUCAUCUUCAGAGAGGUGAAGUGACUAGCCGAAAAUCACACAGCUGGGAAGUGGAGGAGCUGAGACUUGACCCAGUGCUGUUAAUCAGCACAAAUGCCACUAUAUUGGAGCCUGGGAUGUGAACUCGCUGAGGACCAGGGCUGCUGUGCUCUGCACCCUGAUGCCUCAGUCUCCCCAUCUAUACAAGGGGGUGUGAGUUACUUAUGCCCCUCAAGAUCCCUGGCUCUGAGAUGGGGUUCUUAGGGUGGCCAGAUUAGAAAAUACAAAUUUGGGACACCAGUUGAAGUUAAAAUUCUGAUGAACAACAAAUAAUUUUUUACUGAGUAUGCCCCCAAAUGAAUAAGCAUAAUUAUGCAUGAACUUCAGGCUCCAGACUACAAGUCCCACAAUCCAUUGCGUCAUCCUUUUAGGAACUUUCUAUCAUGAUUUCGUCUUUCAUUCAUUCAUCUAAAAAUUGUAUAGACCACCCACUGUGUGCCAGACCUUGUGUUAGGUUCUGAGGAUACAUAACUGCACAAAGCUGACCAAAGUCUUUGCCCUCAUGGCGUUAACAUCUACAUUCCUUGGGAGUUUAAGCGAUAUUUUUCUCAAACUUCUUCCAGGAAGACUACAAAUCCCAUGAGCCCUUGUGUUUGCUCAAUUGGACUACAAUCCCCAGAAGACCAAGCACACUAAGCGGGUCCCUUAUAUCUUCAAUUCCUAACUUUUUUUCCUGGUCGCAAGGUUAUAUCCUGCACCAGCAGGCGGUUCCUCACUUCGCGCAACAAAGACAAGGUUUAAGUAAGUUUUACUUCAAGUAGUUCUAUUUUAAGUCUCCGUAUUUUUCUGACUUCGAGUUUAUGUGAAACUUCAGCAGUGUUAGCCCAACAGCCCACCGCGGCUUCCAUUGGGGAAUAAAUAAGUGGGUCUACAACUCCCAGGUCGCUCCGCGCGCGCCGUACGAACUACGCCUCCCAGGAGGCAGCGCGGCGGGCGGGCGGGCGGUCCGCAGCAGUGCCCGCAGGACCCCGGAGUUGGCGCGGGCUGCCCAGCACGGAGUCUAGAGGACCCCGCCGGCUACCCAUGCUGAGGUGAGUCCGCGGGAGCUGCCGCCGUCGUUCCGUCCUUGCCGCCGCCCAGCGCGGCCUUGCCGCCAGCCAGGAUGCUGGAGGAAGCGGGCGAGGUGCUGGAGAACAUGCUGAAGGCGUCGUGCCUGCCGCUCGGCUUCAUCGUCUCGCCCGCCGUGUUGUUGCUGGUGGCGCCGCCGCUGCCCGCCGCCGACGCGGCGCACGAGUUCACCUCUACCCGCAUGCAGCAGUACGACCUGCAGGGGCAACCCUACGGCACGCGGAACGCCGUGCUCAACACGGAGGCGCGCACCAUGGAUGCAGACGUGCUGAGCCGCCGCUGCGUGCUCAUGAGACUGCUGGACUUCUCCUACGAGCGGUACCAGAAGGCCCUGCGGCAGUCGGCCGGCGCCGUGGUCAUCAUCCUGCCACGGGCCACGGCGGCCGUACCCCAGGACGUCAUCCGGCAAUUCAUGGAGAUCGAGCCUGAGAUGCUGGCCAUGGAGACCAUCGUCCCCGUGUACUUCGCUGUGGAAGACGAGGCCCUGCUCUCCAUCUACGAGCAGACGCAGGCCGCCUCCGCCUCCCAGGGCUCUGCCUCUGCCGCCGAAGUGCUGCUGCACACAGCCACUGCCAAUGGCUUCCAGAUGGUCACCAGUGGGGUCCAGAGCAAGGCUGUGAGCGACUGGCUCAUCACCAGCGUGGAGGGGCGGCUGACAGGGCUGGGAGGAGAGGACCUUCCCACCAUCGUCAUCGUGGCCCACUAUGACGCCUUCGGAGUGGCCCCUUGGCUGUCACAUGGCGCUGACUCCAACGGGAGCGGAAUCUCCGUGCUGCUGGAGCUCGCCCGCCUCUUCUCUCGGCUAUACACCUACAAACGCACCCACGCCGCGUAUAAUCUCCUGUUCUUUGCCUCUGGAGGGGGAAAGUUUAACUACCAGGGGACCAAGCGCUGGUUGGAAGACAACCUAGAUCACACAGAUUCCAGCCUGCUCCAGGACAAUGUGGCUUUCGUCCUCUGCCUGGACACCGUGGGCCGCGGGGACAGCCUGCACCUGCACGUGUCCAAGCCGCCCAGGGAGGGGACGCUGCAGCACGCCUUCCUGCGGGAGCUGGAGAUGGUGGCCGCUCACCAGUUCCCGGAGGUGCGCUUCUCUAUGGUACACAAGAAGAUCAACCUGGCGGAGGACAUCCUGGCCUGGGAGCAUGAGCGCUUUGCCAUCCGCCGGCUACCUGCUUUCACCUUGUCCCAUCUGGACAGCCACCGCGACGGCCAGCGCAGCAGCAUCAUGGAUGUGCGGUCCCGGGUUGACUCCAGAACCUUGACCCGCAACACGAGGCUCAUCGCGGAGGCCCUGACUCGAGUCAUCUAUAACCUGACGGCGAAGGGGACCCCCCCAGACAUGCCGGUCUUCACGGAACAGAUGCAGAUCCAGCAGGAACAGCUGGACUCAGUGAUGGACUGGCUCACCAACCAGCCGCGUGCUGCCCAGCUGGUGGACAAGGAAGGCACGUUCCUCAACACCCUGGAGCACUACCUGAGCCGCUACCUGAAGGAGGUGAAGCAGCACCACAUCAAGGCUGACAAACGGGACCCUGAGUUUGUCUUCUACGAGCUGAAGCAGGUGAUGAACGCCUACAGGGUCAAGCCAGCCAUUUUCGACCUGCUCCUGGCCGUCUGCAUCACCGCCUACCUCGGGAUGGCCUACACAGCGGUCCAGCACUUCAACCUCCUGUACAGAACAGUUCAGAGACUGCUCAUGAAGGCCAGACGCAGUGACAGGGCCCCACCAGCACCCGGGGCCCCGCCUGCUGCCCACAACGCACAGCCAGCGGUUGCUCGCUCGGCAGCGAAUCCCGAAUUACAGAACUUUCUGUGUUGCUCUUGAGGAUUUCGGGGAUUCUUUCUCUUUGUCCUUCGAACUCCCUUGGAGGAGCGUUGGGUGGCAUCCAGGGCCAGGCCACGGACUUGGGAACAAGCCGCGGAUGAGCCCUGGCCCAGGGGUCAGCCCUGCAGCCCGCAGGGUGCUAAGCCAGUGUGGAUGGAAGGAAAGUCACCUGGCACAGCCCUGGGGUCUGUGCCUGUCCUCCACGCUGUCCGAUCCCCCUCAGUGACUCAGAUUACUCUCUUCCUGUUUGUUCUGAAGAGGGCAGCGCCCAGCCUCUGGGUCCCAGGGUUGCAGCUUCUCCCUCGGAAGCCCUCUGUCCCCCACUCAGGCCAGGGCUGAAGGGAUGCGUCUCCCCGGAACCCCCAUUGGAUGGCUGGUGCCCUGAAAGACCCAGCAGCCUCCCCCACUCCGCCUUCCCAUCCGGGCCCCUGCGUCGCUUCCCGUCACUGGAGCCUCUGGUUCCUCUGCUGCUUUUUGCUGCUCCCCCAGGAUGGCCAGCAUCUCCCCACGGCUGUCUUCCCUGGGCUUCAAACCCCGGCCCCUCAAGGGGAAACCUGGUGCCUGCAGAGGCCCCUGGGCUGGAGGAGAGGCCACUGGCCUCAGCUUACUGCUUCUUAGCCCAGCUCCCUGGGCCUGUUGCCUAAUCUGUGAGAGGAUGUGUCCUGGGGGCACGACAUCCAUGUUGGGGUAUCAAGCGGGAGCUUGCUGGAGAGAGACGACUGUGGGACCAGAGGGGGACGGUGUGGGCUGCAUGGGCCUUGACCAAGCCGUCACUCCACGGACUAGACGCCUUGUGGGGUGUGAGCUCGGGGGGGGAGGAGGCCUCCAGUGCUGGGUGGACCUCAGGGAGACCCAGCUGUACCGAUUCAUGAGCAAUACAAGCAAUGAAGUGUCACGUGCUAUGGGGAGGGCCAGCAUGGAGGAAGAAGGGCUCCAGGCGCCCGGACACUUGAGCUGCCAGAAGGGGCAGGGGGACUGACCUCCCAACCCCCGCCCCGGCCUGCUUCCAUCCCCUACCUGAAGCCAGCUAGCUGGAGGGAACUGGGCUCUUCUGGGGGCUGUCUCCACCUUGCAGGUGGACUCCCCU